AUGCACUGGACAAUAAACCCGUUGAUUAGGAUCCCUGAGCGUAUUGGUGGAGCUUUACCAAUUGAAAUCGAUCGGAUCCGGGAACGACGACAAAAGGUCGAGAAUUUCACAUAUGAAGGAUGGAAAUCCGAUUCUGAUCAGGGUGUUAAUUGGACUAUUUGGACCAUUGGACUUGAGGAAUUACUCGAGUCCAAUAAAAAAACCCAGAUUUUGGACUUAUAA